UGAGCAUGCAGUGCGCUGCACCGGGGGGCGGCCUGGACUGCUGCGAGUCCUGGGUCCCCGGGAUUCCAGACUGCAAGGUAAAUCUCUGAUGCACGCCCCCGCACAAACCCGGUGGAAGAGAGGCGCGGGGAGGCGUCGCCGAGGGUUAUAUCUGACACCCAUGAGCCAAGAUGCGCAGCUUUGCAGGUGUGACCCAUACAUGUGACUUCAGCCUUUGAAGCCUCGGUUUUAUGAUUCAUAAAAUGGACAAAAUCAAUUUACUUCGCAGUGCUGUUAAAAGGAUUAAAUGAGACAAUGUUUAUAAAGCUCUUUGCACGAGGGAGCCAUGGAGGCAGGGCCUGGCAGGCAGAGCAUACCUGCUCUCAUCUGAGACCACAGGCAGCAUGAAGAACCCCAUGGAGCUGGCCAUCAGUGGGAUGCAGACCCUUCACCCUCAACACCGCUGCCGGGGUGGCUGCCGAGUCAAGGCCAGGGCAUCGUACGUGGAUGAGACUCUGUUUGGCAGCCCUGCAGGCACCCGGGCUGCCCCACCAGAUUUUGACCCACCUUGGGUAGAGAAGGCUAAUAGAACCAGAGGAGUGGGCACAGGGACAUCGAAAGCCUUGGGGGCCAAGGGGAAUGGUGAGACCACUGUCUCCAGGGGCAGCACCCCAACCCUCACACCAAGAAAGAAGAACAAAUACAGACUGAUCAGCCACACUCCAUCUUACUGUGAUGAGUCAUUGUUUGGCUUCCGAUCUGAGAGUGCCAGCCAGGAGGCCCCGUGGAUGACCAAGGGGGAUGCUGCGAAACUCCAUGCCCUCUUCUGGACGCCACCUGCUACCCCCAGGGGAAACCAUUCACCCCGCUCCAGGGAGACCCCACUGCGAGCUGUUCACCCUUCUGAUCCCUCAAAGGCAGAACCCAGGGUGUUAGUAGAUUCCAGGAAGUUGUCUGUGGAUGGUUUAGACCCUGCACAUCCUCUGAGGCAGGGACGUUCCCAUUCUCUCACCCACCUGAAUAUCCCCAGCACUGGUCACCCAGCCACCAGCGUCCUCCAUACAAAUGGACCUCAGGAUCCCAGGCCUUCCAUGUCAGGGGUGACCUUCCGGAGCCCCCUGGUAACUCCCAGGGCUCGCUUGGUCAGUGUUUCAGUGCCAGCUACCCCCCGGCAGGGUGGGGCUACCCAGAAACCAAAGCCACCUUGGAAAUGAGGUUCUUUCAUCAGGGUUGCCCAUGGGGUCACUGAGGGUAUAGCCCCUGGCUGGUGUCUUCUGGGGAGACCUGUUAUCAUCUAGGUAACCCAUGCAUUGAAGAAGCCCCAUGAGGUCAGACAGCAGAGGUGGGUAGUACCUCCUUUUAUCCUGACAAUCUUUGGUUGCUCCCUUUGGGGGCCUCCCCUUUAGAUGCCUCUCUCCAGUCCUUUCUCAGUGCCAACCCAGGGGCCCUCCACCUCUGCCUCAUGUUGUCUUGCUACCAAUAUAGGAAAUCGUGAGAUUGCCAACCUGGAGGGGCCCUUACCUCUCUUCAAGACAAGCUUUAUGCUCAGGAUUAGUCUCCAGCUGAGUCUGGAGGCCUCAAGAGUUUUCCCAGGCAGUGUGUGGCAUCUGGAUGAAGUGUGGGUGAACAUUUUUCUCAUUUUAAUUGUCAUGUAUUUAUUUUCAUGUAUUAAAUAUAUCAGUAGCUCAUCAAAGCCACAAGUGUUCCUAAUUCCUUUUUCCAUAGGGCAAAGGCCAUUGUUAGGCCUGAGUUGAUUUAA